CAAUUCUCUCUCCCGACACAAAAAAACACAAACAAGCACAGUGGUGUCGCCAAUUUUUUUUUUUUUUUUAUAAAAGUUGUUCUUCGUAUGAUCAUAUCAGUAUAUAAAUUUUCUUUUUCUUCUUCUUCAAGGGUCAGUUCUUGCAAAUAGAAGUGCACAUUAUUAUAGAACUCUGAACUCUAUAUUUCUCAGAUUUACAGUCACCGGCGACUCUUUUCCCGGUUUCCAUGGAUCUAAAUGGUAAAGCUCCAAAAACUGGUGGGGAAAUAGGCUCGAUGGAGAACAAGAAAACACCAGAUGUCAUUAUCAAUAUUCCUGGAGAUGAAAAAGGCUCGAAAUCCUCAGUCCUUGAUGCUUCGACUGAUCAAAAAUUUAAGCUUUCAGCAGAUUCACCUCAUAGAGUAUCGAAUGAUUCGACUUUAAGUGCUCAAAACGCUGGACCAAUGAAUUACCCUUCACCAGAAAAUCUGAAGUUCAGUUCAAACUCCAAUAAGCCUCCAAAAAUCCCAAAAACUAAGACUUUCACUAGGAGGACAACUUUUUCGAAGUCAGUUAAAUCAAGAUUUGGUGAACAACCUGUGCAUAUUGAUAGUACUAUGUUUGAAGAAAAUGGAACAUCUGUGCCAAAUGUAAUAUCUUAUCAGGGUUCGCCUAUUAUGAAAUUUGAUAUUAAUAAUUCUAGUAUUAAGGAGACUAUCAAGACAACGUCCAUGAGUUCAAUGACAUCUUUGAAUUCAUCGCGUGUCAAUGAGGGUGAAGAGAUAUAUAAGAGAGUGAGCAGUAGGAAGAAGUUGAACUAUAGGAAAGUGAAAGCUAAAGUUUUGAUCGAGUGGGUACUGUUUCUCUGCAUCCUGGGUUUCUUGAUUACUUGCUUAACUGUUAACAAGUUGCAACAUUGGAAGGUUUGGGAGUUGGAAAUUUGGAAAUGGUGUGCGCUAGUUUUGGUGACCUUUAAUGGAAUGUCUGUUACAAAAUGGUUUAUUCAUUUUGUUGUUGUGUUGAUUGAGCUAAACUAUUUGCUAAAAAGGAAAGUGUUGUACUUCGUUUAUGGUCUGAGGAAGAGCGUUCAGGUGUGCAUUUGGCUGAGUUUGGUUCUCAUCACAUGGGUUUUGCUAUUCGAAGAAGGCAUUGCCAGAUCACAUCCAGCAGAACGACUUUUGCAUUGCAUUACUUGGACUAUUGCUUCACUACUGAUUGGUUCAUUCUUGUGGCUCCUGAAGACUUUACUGCUAAAGAUUUUGGCAUCUUCGUUCCAUGUUAACACAUUCUUUGAUAGGAUUCAGGAAUCAAUCUUCCAUCAGUACAUUUUAUUCACUCUAUCUGGUCCACCACUUAUGGCUCAGACAUUCGGUAAGACAAACAGUAAUUUGAGUCAAUUCAGUUUCCAUGUGACGAAGAAGGGGAAAGAAGGUGGUAAGGAAAAGAAGAAAGAGGUGAUUGAUAUCAACAAACUCCAUCAAAUGAAGCAAGAAAAAGUCUCGGCUUGGACCAUGAAGAUGUUAGUCGAUAUGAUAUCUAAUUCCGGUCUGAUCACUCUCACGAAUGCUAUUGAUGAAAAUGUCUACGAUGGAGGUAAUGAACAGAUGGAUAAGGAGAUCACAAACGAGGAGGAGGCAAUUGCUGCUGCAUAUCAUAUUUUCAGAAAUGUAGCUGAGCCUGGAUCCACGUACAUUGAUGAACUGGACCUCCGGAGUUUCAUGAUUAAAGAAGAGGUGGACGUUGUAUUCCCAAUGAUUGAUGUGGCCGAGACAGGGCAGAUCGACAUGAAAACUUUGACGGAAUGGGUGGUGAAGGGUUUCAAAGGUCGGAAAGCACUGGCUCAUGCUCUGAAUGAUACCAAAACUGCUGUAAAGCAAUUGAACAAGCUCGUUACAGCGAUCCUGAUUGUUGUUAUGAUAAUUGUGUGGCUUCUGUUGACAGGAAUAGCGACAACCAAAGUUCUCGUCUUUCUCUCGUCACAGAUUGUUCUGGCAGCUUUUAUGUUUGGAAAUGCAUGCAAGACUCUAUUUGAAGCUAUUAUCUUCGUAUUUGUAAUGCAUCCUUUUGAUGUUGGCGAUCGUUGUGUAAUUGAUGGUGUUCAGAUGAUUGUCGAAGAGAUGAAUAUCUUGACGACCGUCUUUCUAAAAUUUGAUAAUGAGAAAGUUUACUAUCCAAAUACUGUUUUGGCUACCAAACCGAUCGGCAAUUUCUAUAGAAGUCCAGAUAUGGGUGAUACGCUCGAGUUCUCCAUUGAUUUCAAGACACCGCUCGACAAAAUUGGUGCCCUGAAAGAAAAAAUAAAGAGGUAUUUGGAGAAAAGUCCCCAACAAUGGCAUCGAAAUCAUAAUGUAGUAGUGAAGGAGAUUGAAAAUGUGAACAAGAUUAAGAUGGCUCUCUUUUUUAACCAUACUAUGAACUUUCAGGACAUUGCAGAGAAGAGUAGACGCAAAACGGAACUGGUCCUCGAGAUGAAGAAAAUUUUUGAAGAGCUGAAUAUUAGAUAUGAUCUCCUUCCUCAAGAAGUUCAUUUAGUUGAUCCGGGGACAAUGACCAAAGGGCCGGAUGGGCAGAUGAGGCUGCAGCAGCCACCAACUUCUUAUGCUUAUUUCUAAUAAAAUAAGCCUCCGUGACCCCAAAAAUGAAUGAUGGAAGCUUUGACAGCCUCUCACAGGCUACAAGCCUCGCGUGAAUAAACAAUUCCAAAAAAAAAAUGUGGUCCCCACCCCCACUCUUCUGCCGGUUAUUUUGGGUUAGUGUAGUGCAGUUGUAUUUCUAAGCUAGGGAAAUGGCCUACGUACAAGGAGUUUUGUACAGAUGUUCUACAAGAUAGACACAUAGGGGUGGACUCCAUAUAAAUAUUUUAUUGUAAUGGACUCCAUUGCUAUGAGUAUUAUGUAAAACAUCUGUAAAAAAAAAUUCUGUAAAUGUAGCAUUACUCGCUUUGUGUCAAACUUUGAUCCUGUCAAAUCAAACUUAGAUAAAUUCUA